AGGAACUUCAACCAAUUAAUUUGCUACGCCUGAAAACUCAAUCAUUAAACGAACCACACAAGUCACUAUAUGCUGCUAACAUUUCUCCUCCUUCUUAAGCAAGCCUUGGGGAAUGGAAACUGGAAGAACGAGGAUGGAGCUAACGCACAUUAUUUACAGAUACGUUCUUUUCACAGCUUUUCUAUUUCUAGUACUUGUUAAGUUGUCCCAUUCUUUCCCAUCGACACAAGGAAAAAACCUUCCCUACUUGACAUCAGAUGUCGAAGAGGUCUCAGGUAAGUCCUUCGAUUACAUUGUUGUGGGGGGAGGAACAGCUGGUUGCCCCCUGGCGGCAACUCUUUCCGAGAGAUUCUCUGUGCUCGUGAUAGAACGGGGAGGCUCGCCUUAUGGAAAUCCCUUGGUAUCAGACAAGAUGUACUAUGGUUUCCCAUUGAUCCAGCCUGAUGAAUUUUCAUCGGUGGCACAAAGCUUCGUAUCGAAAGAUGGAGUUGAGAGCCACAGAGGACGAGUUCUGGGAGGAUCAUCAGCUAUAAAUGGUGGGUUCUAUAGCAGAGCUAGUGAUGAUUUUGUUAAAACAGUUGGGUGGGAUGAAGAGCUAGUGAAGGAGGCUUAUGAAUGGGUAGAGUCUAACAUUGUUUUUAAGCCUGAGCUGACCAUAUGGCAAUCUGUUGUAGAAUUAGGUCUUCUUGAAGCAGGAAUUUUGCCUUAUAAUGGAUUCAGCAUGGAACAUAUAGAGGGAACAAAGAUUGGUGGUACUUUGUUUGAUGAAUAUGGAAUAAGGCACACCUCAGCAGAUCUUCUUGAGACAGGGAAUCCAGAAAACAUCAUUGUUCUUCUGAAUGCAACUGUCAAGAACAUUAUCUUCCAUGUCAAUGGUAAGGGAAACGAGAGCAUGGUCCGUGGUGUUAGGUUCAUCAAGAGUGAUGGCAGCACAAGCCAAACGUAUGAAGCUUACCUGAAUCAACCAGAGAAUUCAAGUUCAUGGGGUGAUGUUAUUUUGUCGGCAGGAGCACUAGGCAGUCCUCAAAUCCUAUUGUUAAGUGGCGUUGGACCCGAAAAACAUCUAAGGAACUUCGGUAUCCCGCUUGUGUUGGACUUAAAAGGGGUUGGGAAAGAGAUGAAAGACAGCCCUGGCAUUGCCCUUUUGGCGGACACCAAACCAACACACCGAUUUCCAGAUGCACCUCAAGUUGCGGGCAUAACAAAAGACAUGAAAUUCAUUGUUGAGGGGGGCAUAGUACCAAUAAGCUUCAAUGCAACAAGGAUGCCAAUUGCAAUCAAGCUUGCAUUUCCAGAAUCUAAAGGGACGCUGGAAUUGAACAGCACAGACCCUAGGCAAAAUCCAGCAGUGGAAUUCCACUAUCUAGAAAAGGAGAAGGAUCUAGAGGAAUGUACCAAGAUGGUUCAAUUACUGAAUAAAAUAGCAAGGUCACGAUCUGUUGUUCUGUUCCUAGGUGAGGAACCACAAAAUAAUUUGAUGUCUAGUCAGGAUGAGCUGAGAAAUUUCUGCAAGAAAAAUGUCAGGACUUAUUAUCACUAUCAUGGUGGUUCCACCGUUGGCUCAGUCGUGGACGAUGAUUAUAAAGUACAUGGGAUAAAGGGGUUGAGAGUAAUAGAUGGCUCAACAUUCUUGGAAUCACCAGGCACAAAUCCAAUGGCCACCGUCUUAAUGCUAGGAAGGUAUCAAGGGAUCAAGAUUGUCAGGGAAAGGCAGAACACUUCUGUAAGUUGUAGCCCACCACAACUGUAGGAAACUCUCAACUUCAACUAUAUAUAUAAGCAUAGAAAAAUUGUUAUUCUUUCCUUCUCUUUUUCUGAGAAAUACAGUUUCUGGAAUCGAUUCUAUGUAAAAAUUUGAAUCCAGCACCCUGUUAAGUAGAUUUUCCAUUUGACCA